AUGAAUAGUAAUAUUAUCAAGAUAUACAAACGUCUAAAGCGAGGGAAUAUUCAUUUUGAGUUUGGUCUACAUAUACGCAACUUUAUUCAUCAUCUUGUCUCGGUGAUUUACCCUUGGGCCAAAAUAGUGUUGCCAAAUUUCCGGGCAGUACACUAUUUCUAUAUCAUAACAUGUGCUAUCAUUGGCUCUAUCUUGGUUUACCCUGUCAAGUCGGCAAAAUAUAUCGAUAUCCUAUUCCUCACAAGCGGCGCAUCAACUCAAGCAGGCCUAAACACCGUUGAUCUCAAUGAUAUUUCCCUCUACCAGCAAAUCAUCAUUUAUCUCCUUGCAUCCUUAACAACACCAAUAUUCAUACACGGAUCCUUGUUGUUUGUUAGAUUAUAUUACUUUGAACGUCACUUUGACAAUAUCAAGGAGAAAUCGCGUCAGGACUUUAAUAUGAGAAAGCACGCAACUUUGGCUAGACAACGAACUAAUAACUCCUCCAUGUUGAACUCUACCAAGGUCAACACAACAAACAAUAAGAAAUUGGGCAUUUAUGAGAAACAAGACGAGACAGAAUCUCCUCAAUCAUCAACACUGAAAAACCACCACCACCAUCAGCUGCACGCUAGCGCUGCCACUAAUGGCUACAACACUGUUACACACUACUCCGAGCCAUCAGAUGAUGAUGAUGAUGAUGAUGAUGCUGAUGCUGAUGACAAGGACAAUAAGAGCAAGGAAAAAUAUCACGAAAAGAACCUGGGUUUUGAAAAGAAUCAGGCUCAAGCCCACGGCAUUAAGUUUGGUGCUUUACCACAUCCACGGAGGCGAAAGUCAGUUGAUCCAGAAGAUAUGUUGAGAUCAAUAAACAUGCUAAAGGAGGAAGAAAAACAUAAAAAGAAUAAGAAUAGUAUACAAUUCUUAAAUAUAAGCUCACCAACAAGAAGUCGACGAUCCUUUGGUCAUAACAACGACAACAAUACUAAUAUAGAUCGCCAAACCGGUCCCCAUCACUAUAGAAACAGGCACCUUGAUAAUGACAAUAAUGACAAUAACAAUACUACUACUACUAAUAAUAAUAAUAAUAAUAAUAACAAUAAUAACAACAACAAUGAAGAUGAUGACGAUGAAGGAGAGGGAGAGGAAGAUGAUGAUAUACUUGUGAUCAAACCGCCGAAUGAGGUUGAAAAUUCCGACAGCCAUAAAGAGAUUUUUACCAAAAAACCAAGUCCUCAUCUGUUACAGUUUAGAGAACCUUUGAAAAAAAGAAAGUGGUUGCAAGGAGGCGCUAAUGCCACGAAACAUUAUAGUCCAUGGACUCACAAGUUGAAAAAGUCAUUUACCAUGAGAAGAUUUUCUGGUAUGUCUAGCGACUUUGACGAUGAAGAAGAAGAAGAUGAUGAUGAUGAUGACGAUGAUGACGAUGAUGACGAUGAGUCAAUUGAUUCAGAACAUAACGGGCCUUUUCAUUCUGAGGAUGAUGCUGAUGACGAAGGAGGAGGAUCCGAUUUUGAUUUUAAGAAUGAAAAUGAUCAUGAAAAUGCGGUGGUGACCGAUAAUGAGGACACUGAAAAUAAUGCAUAUUAUGAUGAAAAUGAUGAAGAAGAUGAGUCGCGACUUCCACAUGCACGCGCAAACGCAUCAGUAUUUACUUUGCCCGAGCCGCGGGGUUUUAAUUCUAAUAAAGAUCAAGAAGUAAAGAGAAAUAGCAAGAUUAUUUUUGACGAAAAUGAAGCAAUAAGACCAAGUGCUCAUAGGAGAACGAAGAAGAAGAAGAAGAAAAAUCACAACAACAACAACAACAACAAGAAACACUUUGACAUUCGAAGAAUCAUGACACCAAGUUUAUCCAUAUCUCAGUCACAUCAAGAAGGAUCGCUUAGCAAUGUUCACAGCAAUGAGUCGGAUGCAGUCACUACCUCGACAAAUGGGCUUUCCAGGACUAUGAGCGGGAAUUAUUUAUCCUGGACUCCAACAGUUGGAAGAAACUCCACUUUUAUCAAAAUGACUGAAGAGCAGAAGGAGGAACUAGGCGGAAUUGAGUACAGAGCCGUAAAGUUGUUAAUCAAGAUUAUUGUGACGUACUAUAUCGGGUUUCAUUUGGUAUCUGCAAUCAUGUUUUUGAUUUGGGUUUACUGUAUGCCCAAUUAUAGAAGCAUGUUAAAUAAUCAGGCUAUAGUACCUGGAUGGUGGGCUUUCUUUACCGCAAACUCUUCUUUCAAUGACUUGGGAUUUACACUAACAGCAAACUCGAUGAACUCAUUCAAUCAAAAUGCAUUUGUCCAGGUGAUAAGCUCGUUUUUGAUUGUUAUUGGUAACACUGGGUUUCCUGUCUUUCUUCGGUUCAUAAUAUGGGUAAUGUUCAAAGUUGCAAAACCCUUAUCUUUAUACAAGGAAUCUUUAGGGUUUCUAUUGGACCAUCCACGUCGUUGUUUCACAUUGUUGUUCCCGCUGGUUCCUACAUGGUGGUUGUUUUUCAUUUUGGUGGUACUCAACGGGUUUGAUUUAGUUAUUUUUUGCAUUUUGGAUUUGAAAAAUGCAAUGUUUGAUGGUAUUCCAAUGGGAUAUAGAGUCUUGAACGGAUUGUAUCAAGCCUUUUGCACUAGAACAGCGGGGUUUUCAAUCAUGGAUUUGUCGCAAUUGCACGGGGCUACACUUGUUAGUUACUUGAUCAUGAUGUAUAUCUCCGUUCUUCCAAUUGCCAUAUCAGUGAGAAGGACCAAUGUUUAUGAAGAGCAAAGUUUAGGUGUUUACGCACCAGAAGAGGGGAAAAAAGAAGCCGAUGAAGAAGCACCAUCAAAUUAUGUUGGUGCCCAUUUACGUAACCAGCUCUCAUACGAUUUGUGGUAUAUUUUCCUUGGUUUAUUUAUAAUUUGUAUCGCAGAGGGGAAGAAGUUACAAAAACAAGAUUUGCGUUUCCAAAUUUUCCCCAUACUUUUUGAAAUCAUUAGUGCUUAUGGUACUGUUGGGAUGUCACUUGGUUAUUCAGAUGUAAACACCUCGUUAAGUGGGAAGUUCAAUGUUAUUUCUAAGCUUGUGAUUAUAGCCAUGAUGAUUCGAGGAAGGCAUAGAGGCUUACCAUAUGCGAUAGAUCGAGCUAUAAUGUUACCUGAUGCCGAGAUGAAAAAAUAUGAUAAGUUGCAAGAAAAUCAUGCCAUCAAUAGACAUCACACUUUGGAAAGAACGGGGACUUUGGGCCGUGUGGCUACAUUGACCGCUGGCCCUCUCGAUGGAGGCCAGAACCUUUUGGGAAGAGUUUUAACUAAUGUUAACGAUUUUAUAGAUAAACGAAAGGGACCGAGACGUUCCACUAGUGAGAGUUUGAAUGAGUUGCGUGGGCAAAGUCAUUUGUUCGAUUCAAGUGACCCAAGAUAUCAUGUAACUGUUAUGGAUAAUAAUGUAUAG